GUUCUGAUUUGUGAAUCGACCGAGGAAAAACCGAUCGUAAACGAUGGGAUUAGGCUUCAUGAUCGGCGUCUUUGGAGUUCUAAUCCUCUCCCACGCUGCUUAUUCGACGAUUCAGUAUAGGGGGUUGUUGAAGAUUAUGGAGGAGGAGUUUUCAGGUCCACCCAUGAAUGUGGUUUUAGAGUUGCUUCUAGGGUUUUUUUUCUGUAUUUGGGCUGCCCUAACCGUGCCUGGGAAUUUUCUGUCGAUACAUCCUGAAUCCGAGGAGAAUAGGAUUGUCUCUUUAUCAGCAAACUUGGACUUCAUGAUCUUCAAUCACAGAGCCAAAGUAUUUCCUUUAGAAAUUGAUAUGAAGCUGAAGCAUUAAGAUUGAAGAAGCUUCAUGGUGCUUUAAUUUAGGAGAGUGCUGUUGUUGGCGAGUCUGUUAAAUUUUAGAGUGGAGGGCCUGGUGCCAGGUGUACUGUCUCUCAUAGUAGAUCUUUUCCAAACUGGUAGUGAUUUUCACUCACUAGACUUCUUGUGUUGGCAUUUUUGUCUGCUUUUAUGUUAUUUUGCCUGACUUACUGAACCUUAGCGUCAGCUCGAAUCUGAUCCAUUGUUUCUAGCAGGCCAGCAAUUUUAAACAUUA